UGCAGGACUCGGGCAACAAGGCACUGGGCCAGCCUUAGGGACUACAACUCCCGGCGUGCACCGCGAUCCGAAGCCGGAAGUGCCCCGACCAGGAAGCGGAUGUAGCCUGUUGCUCGUGUACUACGCUUGGGAAAUGGCCACCGGGACAGACCAGGUAGUGGGAUUUGGCCUCGUCACCGUUAGCCUGAUCAUCUUCGCCUACUACACCGCCUGGGUGAUUCUCUUGCCCUUCAUUGACAGCCAGCAUGUCAUCCACAAGUACUUCCUGCCCCGAGCUUAUGCCAUCAUCAUUCCACUGGCUGCAGGCCUCCUUCUGCUCCUGUUUGUGGGAUUGUUCAUCACCUACGUGAUGUUGAAGAGCCAGAGGGUGGCCAAGAAGGCUCAGUGAAGGACCAGUGGGGAUGGAGCAUGGCAGCACCUUCUACACAGCCCUGCCAGGGCAGGGAGCAGGUUUGCCGUGUGCAAGACAGCUCUGCACAGCUCAGCUCUGACAGACUGGAGCUCCCUUUUCUUGCGCACCCUUCCAGAAGCUAAGAAGCAGAGGACUCCCUCCCACCCUCUUUGGGCGCAGAGCCUGAAUGGGGUUGGUCCUGGCCACCUCACUGUCAGGCUCCUGUCAAUUGUUCCUCUAGGUUCUGCUCUCUUGCCUCAGUUUCCCUCCUGUCACGUGCUGGUAUUGGACUUCACAGGUUCUGAGGCUGCACGGGACCUCCUUGUUUCUCUCCACAAGGCCUGACCCUCUAUAAAGGCAGCUCUUUUGAGUCUGGUAUCACCAGACUCCAUGGGAACUUCUGGGCCUGGAAACCUCUGGAGAAAGUCUGACACAAGGACAUACUGGAGUUAGCCACACCAGGCUGGCUGGCUUUGGGAGAACUUACUAAUAAAUAUUUAUCAUGUGGG